AUGGCGUCUUGCUCAGAGAUCUGCGGAUCGGAAUACGGCGAGCAAGCCAAAGCCAGUGGUAACUGCCAACAGUAUGGUGUUCGCUCCUACUUACACCAGUUUUAUGAGGAGUGCACAGCCUCAAUCUGGGAACGUGAUGAAGAUUUUCAGAUUCAGAGAUCGCCUAGCAGGUGGAGCUCUUUACUCUGGAAGGUCUGUCUCGCGUUUGGCACCAUCAUUCUGUUUGCAGGCCUGAUUGUCAUAAUUGUGGGCUAUGCCACUCCGGCUCGGAUUGAAGCAUUUGGUGAAAAGGAACUUCUUUUUGUGGACAGCCAGGCAGUCAGUUUUAACCGAGCACUGGAUGUUUGUAAGCUGACUGGGGCUGUACUGUUCUGUGUGGGAGGGACCUCCAUGGCUGUGGGUCUCCUGCUCUCUGCGUUUGCCAAAAGCUACUCCAAAGAAGAAUUAUUCCUCCAGCAAAAGUUUAAAGAGCGAUUGGCUGAUUUGCACUCAACAGUUGGUACUCCCAUAAUGAGAGCACCCACCCCAGGGGAGGGAAAGGUGCCAGUAACACUUUCCAAAGUUCAGAACAUCCAGCCAGUAACCCCCAAAUCAGAAACCUGA